AUGCCACCCGAAGAAAGCAAGAGGGCUGGGAUACUGCCAGGUUGCGCAAGCCUAGACAGAAGAAGUCGAGAGGCGGAGGUCGGAUUCGAACCACGGACCCUCCGGUCAGUAGAUUCGCGCUCUAACCACUUGGGCCAUCUCGCCCCCAUAAGGCCUAGUCUCUUCGUGACGACUUUAGUUGACCGUUUAUUUUUUGCUCUCCACGAGUUGCUGUCUAUCUGUCUGUCAGAUCUUGAUUUGUUUCGACAAAUUCAUAAUAAUUUUCGAUCAAAUGAUAAUAGGUCAUUUUCACCAAACAAAGCCGAUCGCUGUUCUAGUUUGAAUCCGAGUAUAUUCACAGCGGUUGCUUGGAUAUACGUUGCAACUAACCCACCGCUACGUACCACUACGCUCCCCAGUAACGCACUGACGAUGUCAUCUCGACUGGCGAUGAAACGUUUGCAAUCAAAUUGCCCAGCUCAGCGAACAAACCAACGGCCAUCUACGCUACCUGAGCUACCAAAAUUUUCCUCUAUAGAGGACCUACUAGCUUCCAGCGCUUGUCUACAACGUACGUCUCAAUUCCUCCCACUUCAGCGUAUCGCGCGCGAUAUUUCGGUAUCCGUAGCAUCAUUUGCAAGUUCCGAGCAACUGUUUGAUCAUAUUCGUUUUUCUGUGGAACGUUCAGCUGUAACACCCCUUCGGUGUCAAGCUGCCACGUCACCCAAAGGAAGCACGAGGGCCGAAACACUACCAGGUUGCCCAAGCUUAGACAUAAUCAGUCGAGGUGCCUGGGUUGAAUACGAAUCACGGGCCUUCUGGUCAGCAGGAAUCCACGCGGAUCCCACUAUACCGCACGUCUUCAGGCGCUGCUACGGCCGAGAAGCCUGGCCCGCUCGAGGUUGGCCCAAAAUUCGGGACGCUUGCCGGUCCGGCAUCAAGAGGAGAUCUGAUUGGUCAACAAUCUGGACCCAACAGCCAAUCAUGACCCAGUAUUGGCCAAAUGCCGGUUGCCAAUGGAGCUCCAGAACGCGUCAGAAAUUCCAGAAAGUUAUAGCCGCUUACGCUAUAUAUACGAAGCGCUGUACAACUGUUCCUGAUUUCGUUUUGGGCAUCCGGCCGACAGAUGCGCCGAUCCUGCCCACAGGACCGAGUGAUAUGAGUCUAGAAAUGCUUCUGGACACUUUGAUCUCGGCACCAUCCCAGGAAGUCAAUCAGUUGCUUCGUCAGAGGCCCAGCCCAAGCACGAAUUACAACCGCGACGCUGGACAGACAGGAUCCGCAAGCCAAUGA